AUCAGUGUGUGUGUGAGUGAGUGACUGAAUCAGUGUGUGUGAGUGAGUGACUGAAUCAGUGUGUGUGUGUGUGUGUGUGUCAUGAUUAUGUUAGGCAGAUUAAGCUGGGUCAAACCAGCAUGUGCCUCCCUCUCCUGCUCGGCUGUUUCUCCACCAUUCCUUGCCUCCUCAGCUGUUUCAGCUGUUUCUCCUCCAUCCCUCUCCUCCACCCUGCCAUCUCUCCUUCCUCUCCAUGUCUUCCCCUCUGUUAACCCGUCUUUAUUUCUCCCUCUCUCUUCCCUCUCUUUUUCUCUCACUCUUGUAUCUUUUCCUGACCUUUUUGUCAGUGCUGGGAGCCUUCAACUAGUUCUCUAUGGAUAUUUUAGUUUUCAUGGAGUUGGAUAUCUGAGCCUUGAACCACAUCUCUACCUUUGGAGUUUUACGUAUAAAUCUGGGCCUUAGAACCUCUGUGUGGCUGGAUUGUUCUGGACCUCUGGACCACAGACCCUCUUUGUCACUGGGUCCCUGCUCUGUGUCUAAAGACCCCGGGAACUCUUGGCUGCCAGAAUCACCAUUGUUGCGAUGAGGAUGGAAGGUUUGUGGCUGGUAGUGGAGUGUGCCUGUCGGAUCAUGGGCAUUUCUACAGCAGCAGUGCUCUGUGGAGUGGGAGUAGAGACCCUCAGACAGGGACAGUACCACAGCCUGGCCGUCUACCUGCUGGUGUCCUCCGCGGGCAUGAUGCUGUUUGAAAUGGCCUUCUUCAUCGACUCACUACUGGACACCUGUCUCCCCUGUCCUCCAGGCUGGAAGGUGUUUGUGGUGUGGAAGAAGAUGGCUGGCCUGGGAGGCUUCCAGAAGUUUCUCUACUACACCAUGAUGUCGGUGGUGUGCUUCCUGCACCUGCUUCUCUGGCACGUGCUCAUCCCAGGUACCAUGCUGCUGGUCACCGGCUUCCUCAACUUCAUCCUGAGCAAACGGAACAAGGCUGAUGAGCAGAAGACCUACAGCGACCCCUCCCUCGAUGACGUGCAUGUGACCGAAGGGGGCGCCACUGAGCACACCUUCUCCUUCUUCCACAUCAUCACGGGGGGGCGCCCAUCCUCUUUAGCUUUCCUGCCUAGCAACAGCCGUCUUCAGGUGCCCCAAAGUGUCAGUGCGGAUCUCCAGGGGCGCCCGUCCCCCCCCAGACAGAUAAGAAGGGGGAGCAAUCGGCAGGGGUGUUUUGGGGGACACCCUGAGGAUGGUGGUCAGGAGACGGAGAUGGAGGAGUACCCCUACAUGGACUCAGAGGAGACCACCUCCGACAAAGCACCCAUGAUCCCCUCAUAGACUCCAUGCCUACACUCUACUGUCCCUCAACAGACCCCAUCUCUAGACUAUACUGCCCCACAACAUACCCCAUCUCUAGACUAUACUGCCCCACAACAGACCCCAUCUCUAGACUAUACUGCCCCACAACAGACCCCAUCUCUAGACACUACUACCCCUCACAUCCUAUAUAACCCUCCCCCACACACACACACACACACACACACACACACACACACACACACACACACCACACACACACACAC